AUGGUAUGUAUUUUAAGUUGCAGAUGUUUAUACUGUUUAUUGUUGUAUUGGCAAAUACUGUAUUUGGUAUUGGGAACACAACGUAUAUAGUGUUAAGUUAUUAUUAUUAUAAACAACGAAACUGGAUUAAAGUGUUGUGUUAUUGUUUUGAAUCGUAACAAAUUUAAGCAUUGAUUAUGUUUGUUAUUUAGAACACUGGUUAUCAGGCAUGUCGCGGCACAGAAAUGUCAGAUCUAUGAACUACAGUGAUGAAUACGACGGUUUGGAUGAUAUAUAUGGACAUUCUGUGGAAGAUGACUACUCAAUUUCGCCAAGCGAUGAGGCCCAGUUCCUGUACGACCGGACGAGGCGGCCGCAGAUGUCUGCCUUCUUGAAGGAGGGGGGGGAGGACGAGGCACGGCUGCGAGCGUGCCUGGAGGAGCUGCGCGGCGUGGUGGGGGACAGCGUGCCCGAGCACGCGCUGGUGCAGGCCGCGCUGGGCUGCGGCUUCGACGUGGCCCGGGCCCUGGACCGGGUGCUGCCACAACUAGAUGAUCCGAAGCCUCAGCGCCAGCCACACAAGAGGAACAAGGAAAAAGGUGUGAGCCAGGCCGGAGCCGCGGAGACACUGGACCCGGGCGAGAGGAGGCCUGCCCCGGUCAAGGUGGUGGCUGCCGGCCCCGACGCCACCGUCAAGGGCUUCCACAUCCACGCAGAGGUACAAGAUGAGCAUCAGCAAAUAUCCACCACCCCCUCACCCCGCUCCCAGUCUCCAGUCUCCGACAGAGAGACAGAGUCUGUGGGCGAGGCUCCGGGCAAGAAGAGCCCAGCUCCCAGAGAGGAGGGCAAGUCCACACCCAGAGGGGGUUGGAGCGGCGGCCGGGACGUGGCGGCCCGCUACCAGGAAGAGCGCGGCCGCAGCAAGCAGCAGCUGCACAUGGUGGUGGUGGGCCACGUGGACGCCGGCAAGAGCACGCUCAUGGGCCACCUGCUGUUCUCGCUGGGCCAGGUGCACUCCCGCACCCUGCACAAGUACGAGCAGGAGAGCCGCAAGCUGGGCAAGCAGUCCUUCCUCUACGCCUGGAUCCUGGACGAGACCGGCGAGGAGAGGUCCCGAGGCAUCACCAUGGACGUGGGCCGAUCCAGGUUCGAGACGGCGACCAAGCUGGUGACGCUGCUGGACGCUCCGGGACACAAGGACUUCAUCCCGAACAUGAUCACCGGCGCGACGCAGGCCGACGUGGCGCUGCUGGUGGUGGACGCCACUCGCGGGGAGUUCGAGACCGGCUUCGAGAGCGGCGGCCAGACGCGGGAGCACGCUCUGUUGGUCCGCUCCCUGGGGGUCAGCCAGCUGUGUGUCGCGGUCAACAAGCUGGACACCGUGGACUGGGCUGAAGAGAGGUUCCAGGAGAUAGUGCAGAAGCUGGGCAGCUUCCUUCGACAGGCCGGGUUCCGCGAGUGCGACGUGAGCUUCGUGCCGUGCAGCGGCCUGAGCGGAGAGAAUCUGGGCUCCGCCCCCUCCGAGAGCCGGCUGCUGCGCUGGUACCAGGGCCCCUGCCUGGUGGAGGUCAUAGACCAGUUCCGCAGCCCGGAGCGACCAAUCAAGAAGCCUCUACGCCUGACCGUCCACGACAUCUUCAAGGGCCAAGGGCAAGGGUUCUGCGUGUCAGGGCGGCUGGAGACAGGCGCCGUGCAGGCCGGAGAGAGGGUGUUGCUGCAGCCCCAGGGCGAGACUGCUACCAUCAAAGCGCUGACGCUGGACGAGACGCCCACACAGGUGGCCUUCGCGGGGGACCAAGUGACCGCCACGCUGGCGGGAGUGGACAUGCAGACUGCUUCGGUGGGCGACGUGCUGUGCGAUCCGGCCCACCCCGUGCCGGUCACCGCCCACUUCGAGGCCCGCAUCGUCAUCUUCAACAUCACCGUCCCCAUCACCCGGGGCUACUCGGUUGUGCUGCACCACCAGUCUCUGGUGGAGCCGGCGGUGAUAGUGAAGCUGGUGGCCCAGCUGCACCGCAGCAGCGGGGAGGUGGUGAAGCGACGCCCGCGCUGUCUCACCAGGAACUCGAGUGCGGUUGUGCAGCUGACCACGUCACGUCCCAUCUGCAUGGAGCUGUACCGUGACAUCAAGGAGCUGGGGCGCUUCAUGCUGCGCGUGGCGGGCGUAACUGUUGCUGCGGGGCUGGUGACUAAGAUCCUGUAGCACGUCACAAGGCGGCAGUGCAGGGCGUCUGCCCUCCUCCAAUUGGGCCACUCAUUGAUCGCAAACGCUGGUUGCCAGCCCCUUAUAUUGUUAAUAAUUUUUAUUUUUCUCUUAUCAAAUUGGAUUAAAAUAUUUUGAUUUAA